CCUAACUACACCUGUACCUGCACUCUCCUGAAUCUCCGCUUCUACCUCGUUCAGUAUUGUUUCGAUCGUUUAUAGCUGUCAGCCCAGCUUGUCGUCUCUUGGACCAUUGCACUCGUGCUGACAAUUUACCCACAAAGCGACGAGUGAGCAGACCCCGAAGCCUUUGGAGCCCAUCUACUUAAGUCCGAUGGGGUCUCGAUGACCUCCGGAUCUGAUACCCGCAGCCUUCCUCAGGUCCACCACACAACAGGCGACACACAAUUCAAUGUGCGCGAUGCAGCUCUACGGGGCGCGUCAUCUGCUUUUUCCAAACCGCCGGUAAAGCCUAAGCCGCAAAUCAACACCUAUACAGGAGGAAACAAUGGCGCACUGCUUGCUGCAACCAAAGUAAGCACAUCGGUUCCGCGCCAGGCUCCUCCACAAGCCAGCACUCCAUUAAAGAGGGAUUGGACUGGUAGCAGCAAUGCGGGAAGACCAACAUCAUCUCCAAUGCAGCUUUCCAGCAAGUCCAAUAGCUCUGGCACAUUGGGUUUACCUGAGGACAACUUGUUCGAUCGAACGUCCUCUCCGUCGAACAUUGCUGCGAAGUUGGCUGCCGCAAGGUACAGCCCUAUGAAACCUGUUCCGCCAGCAUCCGCAACGCGCAACUUGGAUGAACACAACAUGGACGAGCAAGAUAUCUUCCCUUCCGCGGGCCAUGUUGGCCAUGUCCUAUCAAAACUAGAUACGAAGGUCUCUAAUCAUCCACCAUGGCCCGAGCAACAAAUGACGACCAAGCCAAAUGUCAGCCCAGCGCAUUCGUCGAUACAUAAGAACUCCCCGGCCGAUAACAACCUUGCAUCGUCCACAACCUCUCUCAUGAACCUAUUCGAAGGAAAUGCUCCCAAGACGCCUCGCACUCAACAGCCUUUGCAAGUUUCACACCGAGCACCGCCUGUUGUCAAAUCUCCAAAGCCACAACGUAAAAUCCAAUUGCCUCCCGAGCCACAACCCGAGAUGGAGGUGCAGAGAACAGACAGGGAAAUACCUCCGGCAGUCAAGCCUAAGCCAAGGCCAAAGCCAAAGCCAAAGCCCAUGCUUGAUGGACCUCUAUCGAGAAAAUCUCGAGAAAUGACAGCAGAUAUUCCCCAGCUGCGAAAAAGUUCACGAGGUGAAUCUCCCAAUGUGCAGAAAACAUUCCAAUCGGCGGCGGUUACUGCAUCGCCACCCCCUCCACAGCCUGCUUCCAAGGGGUUGCGUAAACUAUCCAGGUCAUUUGCAGGGGAUACAACACCCCCCGCUUCACUUGCCAGGCGCCUGUCAACUUCAAUGUCAAUGGCGAGCUACGAGGAUCCCUCAUCGCCUGCUUCAUUUGUAUCUGCUCAAGAGGAACAGGAUCCAAAUGAAGAGCGAAACGAAACGCGAAACAAAGAAGUAUCCGAGAAAGUCAAGCCUGAUCUCCCACCUCCUCGAAGGUCAAGGCAGCCUAAAGUUGAAGGCGAGCAAGCAGAACCACAAAUGAAGCCAUCAUCCCGUCCCCCGAAACCUUACUCUUCAGGUGGUCGCAGCCCCUCAAUACACAUUCCUGAGCAAUUUCCGCGUCCAUCUUCCACAUUCGCCUCAUCACCCCCAACAGAUACCAUAUAUCACUCUAACUAUCAACGCGAAUCUGUGAAAAUAAUAUCGAAACACAUGACCGGAGAGUCUCUUUCAAAUGCGAUUGUUGGCGCUGCACUCGCAUCUUCUCGCAACGCCUCUCCUAAGCCACCGUCGACAUCCACCACGCCAAUACCAGCUCAAAGACAUCACCAUCACCACUCGCCGUUUCGACAAGAUCGGUCGCCUUCACCCACGAAACCAACAGGCAAGUUGCGAACCACUUUGCGUAAGGAACCCUCGUCAUCAUCAGAUGAAGAUGAAGGCGAUAAGUACAGGAAGAAGGGCACUAGAGUCAUGGGGAUGCGAAGAAAACACCCGAACAAGCACCACGAGGGAGAUAGAAAACGUUGGCGCGAUUCGAUUACUGAGCGUGAGCGAAAACGCUACGAAGGUGUUUGGGCAGCGAACAAAGGACUUUAUGUGCAAACAGGAGCACGGCAAGCUUUGGAGGAUGAUUCCACCAACGAUGUUUGCAAUCUCGUUACCAAAGAAAUUUGGACGAGAAGCAGAUUGGCCGAUGAUGUGCUGGAAGAGGUUUGGGACUUGGUGGAUGGCCGUGGGAUAGGCCGAUUACGAAGAGAAGAGUUCGUGGUAGGGCUUUGGCUAGUUGAUCAACGCCUAAAAGGGCGCAAACUCCCCCCAAGGGUUAGUGAAAGUGUAUGGGGUAGCGUGCGAGGUAUUGGUGGCCUCAAGGUCAACGUGUCACAUAGGUAGUGCUCUCAGUUAGUUGUUCACGUCCUGCGAAAGUUAUACCCAUAUAGAAUUCGAAGUACCUAUGUUGCAUUGCCUUG